AUGCAAGUUCCAAUGUGGAAUGUAAGGUUGUAUGAGAAAACAUUCAACGCAAUGGUGGUUUAUGGAUACCCUACUCUGUUUACCAUCAAGCUACAUCUUGGGGGAGAGUUCACAAAGUUUCCAGAUGUGAACUACAUUGAUGGAACUGUGACAUACGUUGACAUGGUCGAUAUAGAAGAGUUUUCUGUUCGUGAAAUGGAUGCCAUCAUGAAAGGGUUAGGAUACUCAGUUCCUCCAGUUAUCUAUCAUCAUUUUCGGUUGCCCAAAAGAGACAUGCAUUUUGGACUACGUGCCCUAGGAAACGAUGAUGAUGUUCGUAAUAUUGCCCAAUAUGUGAAGGAGCAUAAAGUCAUAAGGGUGUACACUGAACACGGUUUUACAAUUUUGCUUACUUACUUUAUGGGUCUUAAACCUGUUAAAAAGGUCACUAUAGAGCAAUUAGAUGAAAUUAAGGAACAUGAAACCACCACAACUGAUAACCAAGCUAGUGAUAGGAAAAGGAGUUGGACCAAGGACAAAUCUUUGUCAUUAUCCCCUGUUUUACAUAAUGAAGGUGUUUUGUCAUUAUCCCCUAUUUUACAUAAUGAAAGUGCUUUCUCAUUAUCCCCUGAGAAUAAUAGGAAAAGGAGUUGGACCAAGGACAAAGCUUUGUCAUCAUGUAGUAAGAAAUUGACCAUGGAUGAUGUUGGUGAAGCUAAUGUAGAUGGGGAUAAGGAUCAUGCACCUAAUGAUUGUGAUGAGGCAGCUAAUGAAUUUGAUCUUGGAUUGUACCAACAGAUUUUUUACAAUCUAAUUCUAAAUUUGAUAAUGGAUUCAAUGAUGAGGCAGCUUUGUUAUCCGCAAAAACCUUCAUGA